UGGUGUGGUGGUUAAGGCCCGGAGGAUAUCGCCAGGAAGGCCUCCGCGUCACCACGUAAUUGGUAUGGUGGCCAAGGUCCUCACGUGUCAUCAGGUACGCAGAAGUGGUGGUGAAAGCUGGGAGGAAGUUACCAGGAAAUCCUCACGUGUCACCAGGUACGCGACAGGUGUCACCAGGCCCGGUAGUGUGUCGUCAGGAUCCUGGCUGAUAACACCUUUAUUCUCCACAGUGGCAGGUGAAGGCGCUGGCCUCCGGGUCCCUGGAGUCUCUCCACCACCGCCUACCUUACCUGCCGCCUCAGCCAGCCCAGCCACUGUCAGCCAGCUCAGCCGCUCAGCCAGUCAGCCAUUCACUAGCCAGUUUCUACCUACCGAGGAGCAGAGAACUCAGUUGCUCUGUGUAGAGCCAGCUGUGAGGUGGUGUGGUGUCGGCGUGGCGGUGGUAGUGACGGCUGCACUUACCUGCUGUCCACUAACCACACGUGCUGCUCAGUACCGCGGUUGCCAUUGUUGAUGAUGGAAAUAUUCUGACUCACACGGUACUGUAUAUUUAAUGAGUUGACGACAGUUGUGGUUAAUGAAUUGACGACAGGUGUGAUUAAUGCAUUGACGACAGGUGUUGUUAAUAUUACCUGAUAUAAAUUAACCUCGUGAUAGUGUCCCCCCAAAAAAUUCCCCACCUGAGUCACCUAACGACCAUGUUGGAUGAUCACUUCACUAUAUCGAGGGCGAUGACCCAGAGUAGUGUUGCAUUUACGUGAUAUUUUAUUUAUGUACUGAAGUGAAGUGAAGGUUUGUACCCAGCCCAGGUGUACAACUCACGUGUUAAGUGUUUUAUAAGUAAACUGUAGUGUAGUGACUAAAGUGCUUGAGAUUAUUACUGUUUUAUGUGUUUGUGUAGUGAAAAUAUCAAUAAUAUAAGAGAGGUGUAAGUGUUUUGUGUUUGUGAGUGAGUCUUGUUAUGGCGGGUGGAAGUACCACGAGGCCCAUAGUGUGGCCCAGCGGUGGCCCAGUGUGGCCCCGUGAUGUGUCCUGGCCCUCAGUGUAACCGACGGCGGUGUAGCAGCAGCAGCAGCGAGAACCCCCAGUGUGGUGGUAGUGGUGGUGGUGGAGCUUCAUUGGAGAGUGUGGAAGCCGUGUGGUGUGUGGUAAGGCCAGGCUUUAUGUGUAGUGUGGUGGUGGUGAAGGAGUGUGGUGGUGGUGGUGGCCGGGGCGGGUGGUGGUGGUGAGGGCAGCGCCGGACCACCACCAACCAUGUUAUCGGUGAUGGUGUCGGUGUGGUGGGCGUGGCUGAUGGCCGCCCACCAGCCGCGCGCCCACGAAGCGCCGCCCUCCCGCAAGACGUGCACCUUCCAGGAGGGCACGGCCGCCACCCCGUCCCCGCAGCGACCGCGCCGAUCAUCCUCCAGGAUCUGCCGCAAGUGCCGCAAGUUCCGUGAUGGACCUCGACGACACAG